UUCGCGAGGAAAUAUUCGCGAUACUAAUCUUCAUUUGCCUGUAAGGUACUCUCAAACGCGUGUUUCAUAAUUUACUUUUUUGUUUUAUUCAAUGCUUCCUAGAUUAGUACAUGCAUUGCCAUUUGGGCUUUCGCAAAGAAUAACAAAACUUUAUUUCCAAGCUCUAGUUUGGAAUCAACGAGGCGCCCAUAGUGAACAAGGAAACGAAGAUUUGAAAGCAAUGGAUGUAAAAAUACUGCCUGCUUUGCAAGAUAACUACAUGUAUUUGAUUGUUGAUAAGGCAACUAAAGAAGCAGCUAUAGUAGAUCCUGUUGAACCAAAGACAGUUUUGAAGGCUGUUAAUGAACAUGGAGUCAAAUUAACAACUAUUCUAACAACACAUCACCACUGGGACCAUGCAGGAGGUAAUGAAGAUCUAGUGAAACAACAUCCAGGGCUAGAAGUAUAUGGUGGAGAUGAUCGCAUUGGAGCCCUGACUAAGAAAGCUGAACAUAACACUAGAUUCAGUAUUGGUAAACUAAACAUACAGUGUCUAUUCACACCAUGUCAUACCUCUGGACACAUCUGUUAUUAUGUCACAGCACCUGAUGACAAUAGUGACUCUGCUGUGUUUACUGGUGAUACAUUAUUCUUGGGUGGGUGUGGAAGAUUUUUUGAAGGCACAGCUGAACAAAUGCACAAAGCUCUGAUUGAAGUACUUGGAAGUCUUCCAGAUAACACUAAAGUUUUUUGUGGCCAUGAAUACAGCCUUCAGAAUUUACAGUUUGCAGCUCAUGUGGAACCAGAUAAUGGGGAAAUCAAAAAGAAAAUUGCAUGGUCUUUGAGCAGGAGAGAAAAUAACAAGCCUACAGUACCUUCAACCAUAUCUGAAGAGAAACUUUAUAAUCCAUUCAUGAGAGUUACAGAAGAGUCAGUGAUGAAACAUGCAAAAAAGAAUGAUGCCGUAGAAACUAUGCGGGCUAUUCGCUUAGAGAAAGAUCAUUUCAAAGGUUGAAGUUCAAAUAUACAUAAGACUGUAUUUAAUAUAUGUAGCUUACUGUUAGCAUUGUUAUUAAAAUUGUAUGGUUAUUUAAUAAAAAAAACUGUUUAAUAUAUAAAAAUCUAUAUUUAUAUUAUAACUUAAAUUAAAGCUGAUGAUCACAAAGGAAUUAAGUGCUAGUAUCUAAAGAUUGUAAACGUCAUUGUUCUUUCUUGAUGUAUGCUGACAUUUCUUCUGCAUAUUUUUCCUUUGAUCUUUCAAACAUUGCAACAUAAAUCUAAAAUGAAUGAAAAGGAAAUUUAGUAUGUAAAUUAAAUACAAAUAUAAUGCUGUUUUUAAAAUUAAUGUGAUGAAAAAUGUGUCUUUUUACAACUUGAAUUUUUUUAAACUUAUUAAAUAGUCAAAAUUAAGAA